AGAGAGAGGAGCGCGCAUGGAUCCCUGAGAGCGCGCUCGCUCGCGCGCACACACGCCCCCGACGCCCCCCCCCCCCCAAAACACACGCACUUUUCGACGCUCGCUCGGUGUGUUUUCGACGCUCGUCGAUCGAUCGCGAUGUGGAUUCAGAUCCGGACGAUCGACGGGAAAGAGACGCGCACGGUGGAGGAUCUUUCGCGCCUCACGAAGAUCGAGUCCCUGCGCGUGAAGAUCCGCGACAUCUUCGACGUGAAGCCCGAGCAACAGAGACUCUUCUACCGGGGAAAACAGAUGGAAGAUGGUCAGACUCUGUUUGAUUACAACGUCGGCCUGAACGACAUCGUCCAGCUUCUGAUUCGCUCGCAGUCUGACCCGCCGGAAAGCCCCGCCCUCAACAACGGGGAGGGUGUGGCCGGUGUCAUAGCUCCGCCCCCAACCACGUCUGUCCCAGCCUCAGCCACACCCACCACAACAGCCGUUUCCCCGACAACCGUCUCCAACAGCAACGGAAACGAGUCCAAAUCCCUCAUCCCGGAGUCGGGUGACAGUGAGCCGUCCACAUCCAGCCGAACGUUCCUCCUCGAUCCCGGGAUCGGGCACUUCAAAGUGAACGAGUUGGUGGACUGCAGAGACGUCAGUAUCGGCGCCUGGUUCGAAGGCGUCAUUGAUAAAGUCACUCCUGCCAGUAAAGGACAGAACAGGGUGGGCCGACCCAGCAAACGCACUAACGGCAAACUGGAGUCUGAGGCGAACGCCGACUCUACCAGCGCGCCGGAGAAAGGGUUCAACUCGGACAACAGCCAAUCCACAACCUCCAAAACAGAUUCAGCAAACAGCCGCCAGGACGUCUCGUACCACAUUAAAUAUGAAGAUUACCCGGAGAACGGUGUGGUGCCGAUGAGCCCGGAUGACGUGCGCCCGCGGGCCAGAACUCUUCUGCGCUUCGACCAGCUCCAGGUGGGAGAUGUGGUGAUGGUCAACUAUAACCUGGAGCUUCCCGAGGAGCGAGGCUUCUGGUACGACGCCGAGAUCUCGACCCUGAACGCCGUCUCACGCACCAACAAAGAGAUCCACGUCAAGAUCCUGCUGGGAGGUCCGGGCGAUGUGAUUGGUGACUGUAAGCUGCAGUUUCUGGAUGAGAUUUACCGGAUAGAGAAACCCGGAGCGCCAGCGCUGUCUUCGUCUGACGGCCCGUUCAAACGUAAGAGCGGGCCGGAGUGUAAGCACUGUAAAGCGGACCCCGACGCCGAGUGCCGGUUCUGCUCGUGUUGUGUGUGUGGAGGGAAGCAAGACGCUCACAUGCAGCUCCUGUGUGACGAGUGUAACAUGGCCUUCCACAUUUACUGUCUGAACCCUCCACUGUCCUCCAUACCUGAGGAUGAAGACUGGUAUUGCCCCACCUGUAAGAACGACAGCAGUGAAGUGGUUAAAGCCGGAGAGAAACUCCGAACCAGCAAGAAGAAAUCCAAGAUGCCGUCGGCCACAACAGAGAGCCAGAGAGACUGGGGCAAGGGUAUGGCGUGUGUGGGCCGCACUAAAGAAUGCACGAUUGUCCCCUCCAAUCACUACGGCCCAGUUCCUGGCGUUCCCGUCGGAACCACGUGGAAGUUUCGUGUUCAGGUGAGCGAGGCGGGCGUGCACAGGCCUCAUGUCGGGGGGAUCCACGGGCGCAGUAACGACGGCUCGUACUCGCUGGUGCUCGCCGGGGGCUUCGAGGAUGAAGUGGAUCGGGGUGACGAGUUCACCUACACCGGCAGUGGAGGUCGCGACCUCUCGGGGAACAAGCGUAUCGGCGAGCACUCGUUCGAUCAGACGCUCACACACAUGAACAGGGCUCUGGCGCUGAACUGUGACGCCCCCCUGAAUGACAAGGACGGGGCCGAGUCACGCAACUGGCGAGCGGGAAAACCGGUGCGAGUGAUCCGAAGCUCCAAGGGCCGACGCAUCAGCAAAUACGCCCCGGAGGAAGGGAACCGCUACGAUGGCAUUUAUAAGGUGGUGAAGUACUGGCCGGAGAUCGGGAAGUGUGGGUUCCUAGUGUGGCGAUACCUUCUCCGACGGGACGACCUGGAGCCGGCGCCCUGGACUCCUGAGGGAACCGAGCGCAGCAAGAAACUGGGCCUCAAAGUCCAGUAUCCUCCUGGGUAUCUGGAGGCGAUGGCCAAUAAGACGAAGCGCGAGGCGACGGUGCGAUCGGUGGGCGGAUCCACACACACGCGCGGCAGGAAGAGAGGGAGACCCCGAUCCACUCGCCCGACCAAGAGACUCCAGGAGGAAGAGGAGGAGAAGCCGGUGCUGAACACGGAGGAAGAGCUGCAGAGCAACGGCAGUCCAGACGCCCCUGAAGAACACAACACAAGUGUGUGCGAGGAGCAGGAGGAGCCGCAGGUGAAGCAUCUGAAGGAAGUGGAAUCGUUCGUUCUGUCAGAACAGCAGCGGAAUCUGAUACAGGAAGACGAACCCAACAGGAAGCUGUGGGACGAAGCACUGAGCUUCCUCACGGAGGGACCGAACUUCCUGCGUAAGGUGGAGCAGAUGUUCAUGUGUGUGUGUUGUCAGGAAUUAUCCUUUCAGCCCGUCACCACUGAGUGUACUCACAACGUCUGCAAGUCGUGUCUGCAGAGGUCGUUCCGCGCUGAGGUCUUCACCUGCCCCGCCUGCCGCCACGACCUGGGCAGAGAUUACGCCAUGAGCCUCAACAAAACCCUCCAGCUGCUCCUGGAUCAGUUCUUCCCCGGAUACAGCAAAGGACGAUGAGUCUGAUCCUCAACAUACGGACAUAGAUCCACACACACACACACACACACACACAGUCCCCCAUCAGCACCAGCCUGACAUUUGUACCACAUGACCGCAAACCCAAUGGAUGCGGAGUCAUGUGACUCGAUCAUGUGUCCAUCAUGAACAUCAUCACGUCUGGAUCGACUGAGAAUCAACCAGAAACGACAAACUCCUCAGAAUCCGUGAAUCUAGUGUAGCGUUGAAGCGAGCGCUCCUCGUGAGUCCCGUCAGAAACACGUCGCCUCAAACACAGCAUGAUCCGCACACA